AUGAGUCACCUCAACCCAGGACUUAUUUCUGCCUACAACAGUCUCACAGACAGACAUCUGGCUGGAUACUUCAGCAACACUCGGAUCAGGAGACACCUGCAGAGAGCAGGACUGAUCACCAGGAGUGGGCGUAUCGUCCCAGACAAGGAGUACAGACACAAGCUGAUCCAGAGAACCCACCAGAGACACAUUCGAGAAUGCCUCGCCCAGGCCAUUUUCCACAAGGUGCUGGAGAUGGAGCGUGUCCAUCAGAUAGAGAUCAAAAGGAAACUGGAGGAGUUUGCAAGGAGGGAAAGAGUGCAUAAGAUCAAAGUGGACCGCUCUAAAAGGUACGAAGAAGAGAUCAUCCGCAUCUUGUCUCCACGGCCGCCCUCGGGUGCCAGGUGCAUCCGAAAACAACACUCUGGUCCAGAGGGAGAGCACUCUGAAUCCUCAGAGUCCCCGGGCUCGUCUCGACCCAACACGGCUCCAGUGAAGAUGCAGAGGCCGGUGCGCCUGAAGCCGAUCCACAGUAACAGCACCACGACCUCGCUCAGACGCAGCUCCCCUCACAGAGUCCUCGAGUCCUCCAAUGAGAACGACCUGCCGUUCAACUCCACUAUGGAAAAGACGUCCCGGAGACGUUUGAACACGACGGAGGUCUCCCGUGGCAUCUCUCCCUACUGCCUCCCAGUCAUCAACAACUUUGUCACCCCGGUGCCUCCGGCCACGAAGAGGAAAGAGAGGGGGGCAAAGGUCAAUCAGAGCGGCACACUCAGAGGCCGCAGACUGCGUCUUACCUCCAGCGGAGCUGACGUCAAUGAGGACCCCACCAUGCUGAGGAGCUCUGUGCACCAGAGCAGAGUGUGUGUGAACAUGAUGUACUUUGGUAAAGCGGUGCAUCUCUCCCACGACCUGACGGACAUGGGGGACGAGGUCAAAGUGUUUCAGCAGCACUGUGGAGGAGAGAACCUGUGUGUUUUCAAGGGCAAGCUCCGUGAGGGAGAGACUUUCCAGUUCAUUUCAAGGCGACACCGAGGUUUCCCCUUCAGCUUGACCUUCUUCCUGAACGGGCUGCAGGUGGAGCGGCUGAGCUCCUGCUGCGAGUUCAAACACAGGAAGGGCUCCAGACUCGGUGGCAGACACGGACACUUUGGUUUCUGCAGCGUAGAGGGAGCCUCUCCCUGUUACAAGUGCAUUAUAGCAAUGGGAUUAGACAAGAAGCCCACUCCUCCACCAAAGAGGGUCAAAGAAGAUGAAGGCAGAGAGGAGUCAGUCUCCAGCCAUAAAGACGCUCCAGAGAUGGAGACAGAGAGGACUGGAGACGACGCUGCAUCCCAUUCAGAGUGUGAAACCAGCCAACCCCAGGACACCGAGACCCAAAUCCAAGAAGAAACAGCAGCUAAGGAGGACAAAGUCAGAGAUGAUUAUGAGGAAGACUUUGAAGCAGACGACGAGGGCCCUCCAGAAGACGUCGAUGCAAAAGAAAAGAAAACCUUGUCUCCGUCUGGUGAAAAUGAAAGGCAGGUUAAAGAGAGAGACGCCUCUGAGUCUGAAGACGACGAGAAAGAUGAGGACAUAAAGUCUCAUUCAGGCUCUAGCUCCUCAGGCAGCGACCGGGAGGAGAGUGAUGCUGAAGCCACCAAAGACUCCAGAGAGGAAGAGAAAGCGGAGCAACCCAAAGAGGUCGAUCAGGAGGAGACUGUUGUUCCACCAGAUGAGAAAGAAGACGAACCAAAUCCAGAAGAAGCCGCUGCCACUGAGGCCGAGUCUGCUGUGCCUAAAGACUCAGACAUACAGGACAGUGCUAUGAGCAGCACAGAGAUGGAGGUCUACGAAACCAGCGUCCCCUCAGGGAACGAGAAUAAACAGAGUGACGACACCUCAGGAGACAAAGAGGUGGAGAAAACGGUAGAUGAGAACAAACAGGAGGAGGAACAGGAGAGAGCCAAAUCUGUGCAGGAGAAGCUGGCAGAAGCCAUACUGAAGGAGUCCCACUGCAGUUCGGAGCCCGAACUGAGCGACACCAGCACUGAGGAGGAUGAGGAGUCCACAGAUAAAGGCCCUGAACAGGAUAGCCAGGAUGCAGUUGCAGUGGAAUCUGUGACAGUUACAGAAGAGCAACAGACCCUUGAAGAGGUGACAAAGUGUGAGGAAGGUGUUGUUGGUGAAGCUGAAGUGGAAAAGGAUCACGACGAGACGUCUGAACCAAAAGAUCGGGAGAACGAAACUGAACAAGAGCCCUUGGAGAGCAGUGAGAGCACUAAAGAAGAGAAGGUCAAAAUAGAGGAAGAUGAAAAGGCUUCAUCAGACGAAGACAAAAACACAGCAGAGAAUGAUAAACCAGAGGACACAGAAGAUACAUCCCUGCAUCCUGUAUCUGAAGAGGAAAUGACUGAAGACAAGACUUCAGAAGAUAUUCUUCAAGAAGAUGCUGCAGGUAAAUCCACUGAUGGUGAGGCUGCAGAGAAAGACGAAGAAAAUGAGGAGAAAACUGCAGGGGAGGCUGACGUGACGGGGCAAGGAACAAAAAGCGUCGAGGAGGAUGAGUCAUCGGUAUCAGAGCUGAUUAAAAAGACUGAUGAGACAGCAGCUCCUGAUAAGGCGGAGGAGGAGGCGAUGACAGCGAGCGAGACAAUGGAGAUGAAAGCAGAGCCCUCAAAGGAGCGAGAGGCCCUCAACUAUGAAGAGGCACCUAUAACAGAGGCAGAGAAGAGGCAGCAGGGAGACUGCAAGGACAGAGACGCAGCAUCAGAGACAGAAGUCACAGCAGAGAAUUCAAGCAGCUCGUUGGAGGGGAGCGCAGACACCACAGUUGAAAAAACAGCAGAUACAAGUGAGGGCAAUGCAAAGGAUGAGAGCGGCAAAGAUGAUAUUAAAGAGGAGGAAGUGUCAGAAGUAGAGGAUAGUAAAGAUGAUAAUCAACACCACGGGAGUGAGCUGGGAGAAGAGCAGAUAGAAAAAUCAUCUGUGGAAAUAGAUGAUGAAAUAGAGGAGAAAUGUGAAGAGGAAGGUAAUGAGGAAACAAAUCCAGAUGAGAAAGCAGAGGGUGAAAAUAGAGAGGAAAGCGAAAAGCAUGAUGAAGAAAAGACAGAAGAAGAAAAGAAUAAUGAGAGUAAGACAGAAGAAAGAAUAGAAAACAAUGAAAGCAUUUCCGAGUUGACUAAAAGUGACUCAAACACUGAAGGAAAUGCUGACGGAGAACAAGCAGAGGAACCCCACAGUGAAGAAGAAGUGAAGGUUGCAAAUGAAGAGAAGGAAGACAAAUCAGAAAAGACAGAGAUGGACGAGGAUGCUGAAUGUGCCAAGAAUAAAAAUGACGAGGAGGACUCUGAAGAAACGGGAGCAGCAACUGAUAAAACUAACGAGUGUGAAAUGGUGAACAUGGCUGCUGAUGCAGAAAAGGAUGAUGAAGCAGAAAAGGAAGAGAAAGAUCAGAAUGAGGACAAAGAUGAGAACGUUGGGGAGAAUGGAGAUGGUGAAGAAUCUGAAGAGAAGAAAGUUGUAACUGAUAAAACUGUAGAAGGAGAAGAAAUGUCAGAGAUUCCAGAGGAAUCCGAGAAAAGUGAAGAAGCAGACUUGGAUAAGGAUAAUGUGAAAAUAUCUGAGGAAAAUAUUGCUGAGUCAGAGGAUUUUACUGUCAGUGAAGCAGCAAAUGUGGCACAGGGGACUAAAACGGCUGAAGAGAAGCCAAACAAUGCAGUGGAGGCUGAAGAUGUUAUGAAAGAAACUGAAGGAGGAAGUGACAAGAGUGACAAGGGAGAACUUGAUGUUGAAAAUGGAGAAAUUUCUACCAGAGCAGAGAACAAAGCUGAUGAAGAUGAGGGAGAGGCUCAAACUGAGGGCAAGGACGACGUGAAAACAGAGGUGAAUACCGAAGAAGGGAGAAAAACAGAGGAACCCACAGAAGGUGAGAGCUCCGAGGUUAAAGAAGUAACUGUGGAGUCUGGAGAUAUUGCUGAAAAACAUGAAGAUGGCAAAGCUGAUGAGGCUCCUGAAGCUGAUGUCGUUGAGGUAGAGGAUGGGAACGAUGGUGCGGAAAAGCAAGAUGGAUCCACUAAAAAUGACUCAGAGCCGGAGACAUCUGGCACGAAAGUAAAAGAGGAAUCUAAAUCAGAUGACAGCAAGGACGGUGAAACAAAACAAGAUGGAAAUGGCAACAAUUCUGACCCUGAAAAUGAUAACAGAGGUUCAGAUUUGAUGACACAGAGCGAUAACGUCCAGAGUAACGUCAGUGAGGUCAUAGCUGCUUCUGCAGUCGAUCAGGCACCAUCUUCAUCCCCCAACGCGGUGGAUUCAGACGAUACACCUCGCAAGUUAGACGAGUCCACGGCGCCGUCUGACUCUGUGACCGACAAACAACCCCACGCUGAUGAAAACGCUGCUGCAGCUGACCUCUGUGCCGCCGAUGGAGAAAACGGAGCGGACACGGAGGAGGCGAGCAAGGCCUCGGAGGAAGGAGCGAGCGUGCUGCUCAAACCUCAAGCGCCGUCGUCACAGCUCCCACAAAACAACGAGGACACCGAAGAGAGCGUCGCAGUAGGUAACGACACUCCAGAGGCCUUGGCGAGAGAAGACAACACAGAUCUGGUCACAAACUGGGUGACCAUGCAUCAAACGUCAAAGUACUUUGAGACGUUCGUUGAGCCUUUAGAAGACUUGAAGGACUCGACUUCAGACACUGUGUCCAACUCUAACGAAGAAGCGACGCAAUCUACAGAGCUGACGAGAUCAGCGAGUCCACUUAAGAUGGCGAAGGUGUCUGAGAACUUAGAACAAGAGGACACACUUGUGGAAACUGUGGUGUCAAAACUCGAGAGCAAUCACUCCGAAGACAGCGAACAGCGCGAGAAAGACAAACUGCAAGUGGAGGAGGAGCCUGAGGUGAAAGACGUGAUCCCAGAAACAGAGAGUGAACAAAAUGAUAAGGAGUCUGUGAGCAGGCAAGACGUGAGGUCAGAGCACAAAGGAAGCAGGGGAUCUCUGGAAGAAGACAAGGUGCAAGAGGGUUUAAUGCAGGACAACUCUGAGAGAACUGACAUUUCUAAAACUGAAGUGGAAAGCAUUGCAGGUACUCAUCAUUCAGUAACCAGCGGAAGACCUGAGAGUGUCUCUGAGAACCAAACUGAGGAGAUAACAACUGAUAAUGGUGCAGAAAAACCAACAACGAUUGAAGAGGUGAAAGAUCUUCUACCGUCGUCCAAAACAGACGAGCAUCACAAACAUUCGACGGGUCCAGAAGGGCUCUCAAGAUUGAAAGCGGAUGAACCGAACGACAGUGAAGAAACGCAGGAAAAAGACGACCAGAGUCGAGAAGUUACGGAAAUAACAGAUUUCACGACGUCCAAGUCCGACGAUGGAAGCCAGGAGGAGUCCCAGCAUAAAGACAUGCAACCGAAAACGUCAGACGCCAGCAUCAACGGAGACAAAAGAGACGGGCAGCUGAUCAAAGACAUCAAACACACGCUCAGUAAAGACCGACUCAGCACUUUCUCAGUGGAUGAAACAAUGUUCGGUCGAAGUUCAUAUCCUCUGCUGACCGCUGCGAGGACAGAGAGUGGACAUUAG